AUGGCGGCUACAGCAUCGCGGGGCUCGUCCCCUUUCUCUCGCUUCGGCGACUCGCAGUCAUUCAACUUCGACGCGUUGAAGAACUUCUCCGCGCUAACCCCCUCGAUACAGUCACAUCUGCAGAAGGUCUACCUGACGCUCGCGCUGACGCUGGUCGUCGCGUCGCUAGGCGCGUACGCGCACGUGCUGUGGGGGCUCGGCGGCGCGCUCUCGUCGAUAGCGUCGAUCGCGGGCGUGCUUUGGCUCAACGCCACGCCCGCCGUUCCCGCUAACGAGUCGUUUCGCUUUCGCCUGCUUCUCGCCAUCGCCUUCUCGCACGGCUGCUCCAUCGGCCCGCUCGUCGAUGCUGUUAUUCAAAUCAACCCCGGUCUGCUAGUCACAGCAUUCGUCGCAACAGCAGCCAUCUUCCUGUGCUUCUCAGGGGCGGCGCUGCUGGCUAAGCGCAGGGAGUACCUUUACCUGGGAGGAUUCCUUGCCUCUGCCGUCUCCACCAUGCUCGCCCUGCGCCUUGCUUCCAUCUUCUUUGGCGGCUCUAACGCUGUCUUUCAGAUCGAGCUGUAUGGAGGCCUGCUGGUCUUCUCAGGAUACAUCAUAUACGACACGCAGGUGCUGCUGGAGAGAGCGAGGCAGGGCCACUGCGACCACGUGGUGGACGCUCUCGAGCUGCUGCUCGACUUUGUCGCUGUCUUCGUGCGCAUCCUCUUCAUUCUGACGAGGAAGGAGGAGAGGGAGGAGGAGCAGCGGGCAUCAUCCAAGCGCAGGACUGCUGCCAGCACCUCUCGCCGUUGA